AUGGCGUCCAAAUUCGUCCCACAAUUGAUGCGCCAGGCGACGAGAUCGUCCCUUCCCAGAGCUGCCCGAAGACAGCUAUUCCAACCCCGAUACUUCUCGACCUCGCCUUCGUCAAGAGAGGAUGAAACCCACGCCAUCUCAGUGCACCGCAACUCGCCCUUCAAUAACCCCUCCAUCCCUUUCUCCUUCAACGAGACAAACCUCCGGUUAAUAGACGAGAUCACCAAACGGUAUCCUCCUCAGUACAAGAAAGCCGCCGUGAUGCCGCUUCUCGACCUCGGCCAGCGCCAACACGGCUUCACCUCCAUCAGCGUGAUGAACGAAGUAGCCCGCAUACUAGAGAUGCCGGCGAUGCGGGUCUACGAAGUCGCCACCUUCUACACAAUGUACAACCGGAACCCCGUGGGGAAGUACUUCGUCCAGGUGUGCACAACCACGCCGUGCAUGCUCGGCGGCGUGGGCUCGGACGUGAUUAUGAAAGCGUGCGAGGACUUCUUGGGCAUCCACAGCGGAGGCAUGACAGAGGACAAGAUCUUCUCGCUCCUCGAGGUCGAAUGCCUUGGGGCGUGCGCCAACGCGCCCAUGAUGCAGAUCAACGAUGAUUACUACGAGGACUUGACGCCCGAGACGACAGUGCAGAUCCUCAAGGCGCUCAAGGACUCCGAGACCAUCACUGGGUACGAUAGGAGCAAGAUCCCCCGGCCGGGACCCCAGCCGUAUGAGGGCAAGCAGAGGAUGACAAGUGAGCCGCGGAUGGGGCAGACGACUUUGUUAAGCGAGCCUUACCACAGCAAAGAUCAUAUGCGUGCAGACGGAGAGCUGUGA